GCCAGGCAGUUAUUCAGCUAUUCAUUUUAAAUUCUCUCCUGCAUCCAUUUCCUUCCCUCUAUCUAGUUUUAGCCUUCUCUUCACAUAACUAAGUUUUGCUUUCAACCUUGCUAGCUGCUACUUUUGCUUAUUAUUAUGGCCUUUUAGCACUCAAAAGUUGUCAUAAUACUAGUUCUAUUACUUCAAAGUGUUUUAGUAUCUUUAUCUAUACCACUGUUUUUUAAUUUCAAUCUCAUUUUGUUCUUUUUGUAUCUCAUCUUCCAUCAGCCUCUGUGCAAACAGGUUCUUUUGGGCCCUUUUCUGUGUGUACUUUGAUACUUUUUCACUAUGGUUAUCUCAGCAGCCACUUCAAAUAACAACAACAUCCAUCAGUUGCAAUCUUUCAACUCUCAGAACAACAAUUACCACCUUCGCGACGCGUCCUUCUCUUCGUACUUGAACAACAAAGAAGAGAUCCUGACAGAGUCAGGCCAUGGCUAUGUCAGCAGCAGAAAGGAUCCUCUCGGAGUAAAGAAGGAAGAUGAUGGAGAAAUUGGAGUAUUUGAAGCUGAAAAGUACUUCAAUGGAGAAGAGAUUGGAAGCCCCCCAAGAGUUGCUGAUAAUGAUGCAAACAAGCACCGGCCCCAGAAAGAUGAACAAACAGCUCUUGUAACCAGAAAGUACAAAGUUCAGAAUGGAACUCCAAGUGUAAGGUCUGAAUCAAGCUUGAAUAGCCAAAGUGCACUUUUGCAAAGUGCUGUGAGGAACUCCUCAAGGAACAUGAAAAGCAAAUUGCAUAGGAAGAGUUUUCUAGCUGGUCUUGGUUGCAAAUGCUAUUGUUCUGACAAGAAUUCUGUUGAUAUUAGUGACCAUGCAGGUGAAAUCAGUUUCAGCAAAAAUUCUAGUCAUGGAAAAACAACUUCAAGAAAUAUGUUCAAUGCUGAUCCAGAGGCUAAUCAUUCAGUUAAAGUUACUAGGCCUCACGCAGCCGAAAUCUCGAUUAACAAAGAUGUUUACUUCCAAAGGCCAGAGAAGUUAGGGGUGGGAUUGAGCAAAGAGAACAGUUUAGCACUCUCAGGUUUGAAUUCUAGCUCAGGAAAUAAUCCGGCGAAAAUGCAACUUCAACAAGUAGAGAAGUCAAGGAAUUCAUUGGAAGUGUUUGGCUCCCCAAUACUGAGUAGCAGGAGCAAGUCUUUGAGCUUUGAUAAAAGGUUGGCAAAGACCUCUUCCUCUUCUUGGGAUGCUGCUCCUAAAAUUGAAGAAACUGACUUCUCAGCAAAUUCUGGUGGAAACUACAAUGAUGCUGAUAGUGAUGCAAGUUCAGACUUGUUUGAGAUUGAAAGCCUCACAGGAAAAUCCAACUCCUUCUUCCUUGGUAGAUCAUCAUCCAAUGUUGUUUCUAGCUGUGCCAGCCCCACAACUUGUUAUGCACCGAGUGAGGUAAGCAUAGAAUGGAGUGUGGCCACUGCCAGUGCCUUGGAGUACUCAGCCAUGUCAGAUUAUGAUGAUCAAAGGUCAAUAGGAACCACAAGGAGUCCAAUUACGACAUCCUUAGUUUCCUCAAAUGGUAAACCAAAAGUCGUUGUCAAAGAGACGCAGAGGCGGCGUCCUAGCAUGCUGUUGGGUUGCAAGAGCCAGAAAGCUGUAGGAGUUGCUUUGGAUGCCUUCACAACAUAUGAGAAAACAAGUUCUAACGCGAAUAGUCGUCGCAGGUCUGACACCUUCCCUCAGGUGACAGAGUUUAAGACAGAGACAACAAAGGAAGGAAGUUUUGGUGCAAGACAUAAUAAGCAACAUGCUUAUGCAACAAACCCACUUCAGCGCUCACUCUCACCACAUCCUUCACAACUCUUGUACAUUUAGCUGCUGCUGCUGCUUGAAUACAUGUGUGUGUAGUUGAAAUUUGUUCAAUGAAUAAACCCUCACCACCUAAUCUGUAUGCAUCAUCAUUUUUAGUCUCCAACUUUAUUUAAAAUUUUACAUUAGUCGUUAACUUUAAAAAAUGUCAUUCACUUUGGUGAUUUUUUUUUUUUUUUUUGAAAAACAAGGUGAAUGACAUUUAUUGAAGUUAAGGACUAAAUUGAAUUUUAAUAGAGGUAAAGACUUAAAAUGACUGACAUAUACAAUUCAAGAGACUAAAGUGAUGGUUUAGUCUUUGUUCAAUUAUGUAUCUCGAGUCUUGAAUUUGUGUGAUAGAUGUGUUGUCCAACAAUAAUGGUAGAUAAGCUUUUACUCCAAAGUCCCCAUCUCAAAUGGGAAGUGUCUUGUUUCUCCCCUCUUGCUGAUCUUCAUGUAUUCUUCCACUUGCUUUGUUAGCAGUUUCUGGUAGAAAAUCUUGAUGAGAAUGGAUGCCUUGUAUUCAUGCGUUUGGUCUCAUAUAAAGAAAGAUGGAAUAUGAAAGGUGACCUCGUAUUGUCAAAGCAAUGGAAACCGCCUCUUUAAA